GGCGGCAUAGGGUAAUGGUGAUGCUGUGAGUGUGGCUGACAGGACCCUCCUGUCCCUGGCUCCGGGCAGCCCUGGUUCGGGUAGGGCGGUUGCCUGGGCGGCUGCUGCUGGUCUCCACAGUAGAAGGGGUUGGUCGGAUGCAGCAUACCCGUCGGAUACUGUCCCGGAUUAUAGACUCCGUUUGGGAAUCCUUGCAUUGCCUGAAACAAGAGAGUCAGCAAACGGGGAAUUAAUUCAGGAAAAAAAACACAACCGGGGUCACCAAGGAAACGAACCAGAAUUGGCGGAAAUGCACAAGGACGUACCUGGGGAUUAUAAGGUGCCUGCCCGUUGACCUCUGACCCAGAGGAAUACGCGUUUGAAUAGGGCCCUGCGGAAUGGGACUGUGGAUACCAGUAGUUGGAAGGGUAGCCAGGAAAAACACCUUGUCCUUCUCAGAGACGGACGAACGCUCAUUGGGUUUCUUCGAAGCAUUGACCAGUUUGGUAUCAAAUCUAGUAUUGCAUCAGACCGUUGAACGCAUCCACGUUGGCAAGAAGUAUGGGGACAUUCCCAGAGGAAUCUUCAUUGUAAGAGGAGAGAAUGUCGUCUUGCUUGGAGAAAUCGACCUGGAGAAAGAGUGUGACACAGUCCUACAGCAAGUGUCUAUCGAGGAAAUCUUGGAAGAACAACGGGCACAACAACAAGCCAAACAGGAGGCCGAAAAGGCCAAGCUACAGGCCCUGAAGGACAGGGGACUGACUGUUCCCAGGACAGACAUGCUGGAUGAAUACUGAGGGGAAAAUAAGAUUCCUGCUUUUGUUCCCGAUUCAUUUUCAGUUUUAUUGGACACUUGGAUUUCAAGUGAUUACAACUUUUGGGUGACGUGAUGACUUUGAAGCGAGAAGGAUAAGUGAUCUUGAGAGAGAACUGCAUACCAAAACUUGAUUGCCUUUUUGUUUAAUGGCCUUCUAAUUUAAUGGAAAAGAACUACAAACUAACAUCUUUUGUUACCUGUAAUGGACGAUGUCACUGGGCUGGAAAGCAGAUCAUGAAAGCACUUGUUUCUUGUUGUAGUCAGACUGUUUUGUAAAAAAUUAUGGAACUGCAGUUUUAUUUUGUACUGUUUUUUUGUCUUGUUAAUGGUGGAUUUUUGGUUAUCAUUUAAGAUGAGAUCAAACUAAUUAUUGCCAAGAACUGUAUGUUUACAAUUAAAUAUAUUUUUAGUUGAUCUCUUGCAA